AGGGGACUGUUUGAAAAGGUGGAAAAGGGGGAUAAUAUGUCCUCUUUAAGACAAUGUUCAGGAGCUAUAUUAUUUUUGUUCAUCAUUGCCAUUCAGGGGGUACGGAACAUGUUUACAGUGUUUCCAAAAAAAGACAGUCAACCUGAUUGGCUGAUCAAAUUCAAAGUCUCCUCUGUGAAGAGUAAAGAAGGUGUAGAGAUUUCAGUCAUUCAUCACAGCAAUCGCAGCACGAUGGCACCUCCAAUCUUUGCUUUUUAUUUCACAUGCCUUUUCAUGGCCAAUGUUGCUUUUUCGACAACUUCCAAAAGUUCAUUUUUACAUUUUCAAACCGUCAGUGUUGGAGAAAGUGUGACCUUGCCGUGCGCCUGUCAAGAUGAAACCGCUGUGAUGUUUUACUGGUAUAAGCAAACUUUGGGACAGAUACCCCAGCUGAUGACUACAUUCUAUAAGCAUAAUGAUCUUGUCAUCUUUCAUGACAAAUUUAAGAACAACUCACGUUUCUCAUUUGAUCCUAAAAUCAGUAAAUAUACCUUGAAGAUUUUGGAUUUUGGAAUUUCCGAUUCAGCGACUUACUUCUGCAUUGGGAGUGAUUUAUAUAACUUUGAAUUUUGUCAGAGUACAACUGUCAGUGCAAAGGAUUUAGAUAUCCAAGCCAUUAUCCAUCAGUCAGUGUCUGAGACCACCACCAAACCAAGAGACAUGACUCUGACCUGUACAGUCCACCCUGGGACCUGUGAUGGAGAACACAAUGUUUACUGGUUCAAAAACUCUGAAGAAUCACAUCCAGGACUCAUUUACACCCAUGGAGGCAGGAAUGAUCAGUGUGAGAGGAACCCCACUCCACAAACACACAGUUGUGUCUACAAUUUGCCAAUGACCAACCUAAAUCUUUCUCAUGCUGGGACCUACUACUGUGCUGUUGCAUCAUGUGGACACAUUCUGUUUGGAGAUGGAACCAAGCUGGAAUUAAAGGGUGACCCUCCUGUCUUGGUGUACAUCUUGAGCACAGCUUUGACAUUCACCACCAUCCUCGUUGCUUUGUUGGCCUUUUCUUUGUACAAGAUGAAAAGCAGAAACUGCAUGUGUCCAGAAGACUCUAGUCCAGCAACAACGUUACGUGAAGACGCAGACAACCUACACUAUGCUGCCUUGAGUGUUCAUAGGGCCAACAGAUCAAGAAGACAAAGGGAAGACAAUAUGAAUGAAUGUGUGUACACAGGUGUACGGCAGUGACGCUGGCCUGGUUUCUUUAGAUUUUACAUUCUAGCAAGACGGAUGUUGUUGCAGGUCCCUGAAGAUCAACAAGUUCAAUAAAUAUGAAGGAUGAUA